AUGAUGAAGAAGAGCGUGGUGAAGAACCGCGCGCCAGCGCCCAUCCAGAUCACGGCCGAGCAGAUCUUGCUGGAGGCCAACCAGCGCAAGGAGGAGCUCGCACAGCCUCCGCGUCGUCGUAUCACGGAUGCCGCUGAGCUGGCCGAGUACCGCAUGGGCAAGCGUAAGGCCUUCGAAGACGAGCUGCGUCGUCAACGUCACCACAUUGGGACUUGGAUGAAGUAUGCAACCUGGGAAGAGAGUCAGGAGGAGUUCGCACGCGCCCGCAGCGUCUUCGAGCGCGCUUUAGACGUUGAUUAUAAGGCCCCCACGAUCUGGCUCAAAUACGCCGAGAUGGAGAUGCGACACAAGUUUGUCAACCACGCGCGCAAUGUAUGGGAUCGCGCCGUAACGCUGCUGCCUCGUGUGGCCCAGUUCUGGUACAAAUACGCCUUUAUGGAGGAGAUGUUGGGCAAUCUUAACGGUGCUCGACGUGUAUUCGAGCGCUGGAUGGAGUGGCAGCCUGACGAUCAGGCCUGGUACUCGUACAUCAAGUUGGAGAUGCGUGCCAAGGAUAUCCCACGCGCACGCGCACUGUAUGAGCGCUACGUCAUGUGUCAUCCAGGUGAAAAGGCGUACAUUAAGUACGCCAAGUGGGAAGAGAAGUCGCAGAAGCAGCUCGCACUGGCCAGAAGAGUGUACGAGCGCGCGCUAGAGGAGCUGCGUAGUGACGAGAAGACAGAGCAGAUUUACUUGGCUUUUGCGCUCUUUGAAGAGCGAUGUCGCGAGCUGGAACGAGCACGAGCAGUGUUCAAGUACGCGUUGGAUACGUUGCCCAAGGAGGAGGCACCGGCGCUGUACAGUGCAUUUAUCACUUUUGAGAAGCAGCAUGGAGACAAGGAGAGGAUUGAAGAAGUGGUGAUUGCCAAGCGCCGAGUUGUGUAUGAGCAGCAAGUGGCCGCUAAUGCACUGGACUAUGACUCGUGGCUCGAGUACAUUAAGCUCGAGGAGAACGAAGCAGCCAGCUCCCAGUCGUUUGGACUCGUGCGUGAAGUGUACGAACGUGCUAUUGCCAAUGUGCCGCCUAUUCCGGAGAAAAAAUACUGGCGUCGGUACAUCUACCUCUGGAUUAAGUACGCUCUGUUUGAGGAGCUUUUGGCAGGCGAUAACGACGACAGUGGCAGCUCUUCAGAGCGCUGCAAACAGGUCUACAAGACGUGCUUGAAGCUGAUUCCACACGAUAAGUUCACAUUCGCCAAGAUCUGGAUACUAUACGCCAAGUUCCUCAUCCGGCAGCGCGACGUACAGGGAGCAAGGAUGACACUGGGUGAAGCUUUAGGUCGCUGCCCCAAGAAGAAACUCUAUACUAACUACAUCGAACUGGAGCUCAUGAUGGGCGAGAUUGACCGCUGCCGCAAGAUUUACAUGCGCUUCCUCGAGUUCGACCCGCAGAACUGUGAAACUUGGCAGAAGUACGCGAUGCUCGAGCGACAGGUGGGCGAAGUGGAGCGUGCUCGUGCCAUUUACGAGCUGGCAAUCAAACAACCGGUGCUGGACAUGCCCGAGAUGAUCUGGAAGCACUAUAUUGAUUUCGAGAUUGAGAAUGACGAGCGUGAGAACACUCGAGCACUGUAUGAGCGACUGCUGGAGCGCACCAAGCACGUGAAAGUCUGGAUCAGUUUCGCUCAGUUCGAGGCCUCGUCACCGGAUGAUAAAGAAAAGCAAGGGGAGAAUCUGGAGGCCGCGCGUGAUGUGUUUGAACGUGCGCUGCGGUAUAUGAAGGAACAGGGUGGCGAGGAACUGAAGGAGGAUCGCGUCUUGUGUAUGGAGACGUGGCUGGAGAUGGAGAAGAAGGGCGGAAACGCUAAGAUGAUCCAGAAGGUCAGCGAGAUGCUGCCCCGCAAGGUUACCAAGCAACGCAUGGCGUACGCGCAGGACGGGACGGAGUUGGGUCUCGAGGAGUACACGGACUACAUUUUCCCGGACGAUGAGCAGGCCCAGUCACACCUCAAGCUGCUGCAGGCCGCGCAGCUCUGGAAACAGAAGAAACGCGCACGUGACGAGGCUGCAGCAGUGGAAUCCACAGACUAG